GGCCCCCACCUUCCUCCGGGGCAAACCAUCUCCCACCCAGCUCCCUCUCCCUCUCCCUCCUCCUAACCUCAGAUGUCAGAAGCACUCCAUAGCCCUCAACUCACCCUUCUCUUACUUUGGCUCAGUUGGGAGUGAGGGAGGGGGGGGUUUCAAGACCCCAGCAGAGACACUGGGGAAGGCUCCAUGAAGUGCUUGCAUCCAGCAUAAGGAGCUGUCAGUCACCUUCUUCUGUCCUGCCCCGAGGACCAAGAAAACUCAGAACCAUCUAGAAGCUACUCUGCUGCUCUGGAACCAAAGAAUUCUUCUCCAGGUGGAAAGCGAAGGCCACAACAUGGCGUCCCAGGUCCCAGCGCUCCCUCAGUCCUGCGCUCCAGGGACUGACAGCGUCUUUUCCGACCAGUCUGGCUUUUUCUCUCUGGAUGCUAACGUGCCCGGGCUCUCUAAGGUGAUUCUCAACAAGCUCAACAUGAAGGACUAUGAACAAUACAGGGCUGCUGUUGAGGGAAAACCCAGAGUCUCAUUCCGCAACUACAAGGAGAUGUUCCAGAAGAUGGAGGACACCUUUAAGUUCUGCACUGGCUGCAACAAACUGCCAGAGCACCUCACCGAGGGACAGACCCUGAAACGCUGUGUGAAGUGCUUGAAUGUGUACUACUGCACCAAGGACUGUCAGAAAAAGGACUGGCCUCAGCAUAAAAAGGUCUGCAAGAUGUUGCGUCUGGUGGCCAUCGACAGACUAGUGGAGUGGCUGAUGUUCACUGGAGACCUUCCAUUCCCCACUGAGAAGUGGUGCAAGCCAAUCGCUGAGGUGAGGAAAUGGGACGACUGGCUCCCCAUGCAGGGGGACCUCACACCACGCCUGGACGCCAUUUUGUCGGGUAAAAACAUGACAAGCCUUUGGAAAAACUCCUGCAGGGCACGGCCGGAUGACGACGACCUGCGACAGUCUCUAUGGCGGAUUCAGAGCGAGUUCCUCUCUCGAGUUCUCACAGUUGGGAUGGCUAUUCAGCACUUUGGCCUGGAUCCAUACGCUAAACCCAUCACUAUUCACCUGGCAGGGGCAUCCCACAAUGAAACCAUGGGAGCCAGACUGACUGACUACGAUGAGCUGAAUCACAUGUUCCCUGGGCACCAGGGCAUAGAGGUGGUCAUGGUCGGACCAGAAGUGGUGGACGGUCCCAUCAUGAGGCCUCCUCUCAGGGCAUUUGGUCCCAGGCACAGGGUCUUCAUCAGUGCAUACAAGGGCCUCUAUCAUCAAUUCUGGGAGGAGGUGCUGGAGAAAGAGGAGGCAGCCAAGCCAGAUCUGGUGGUUGGAUUUCAUCCUGGGUUCCAUGCUAACCAGGGUCUGGUAGAAGGUUGGCUGCCCUCCCUCCUGCUGCUCAGAGACUAUAACAUCCCCUCCUUCUUCACCAUGUACAGCGAGAUGGAGCUCAAGUACUCGCUGCAGAUCCUGCUGGAGUUGGAGAUGCACAUCAGGGACAGUGGGUCCAAUCCGUUCACCUCGCAGAAGCCGGAGCAGGUCCAGGCCUGCCCCAACAAAACCCCAGUGUACUGCAACUCUCACUACAUCUGUUUCCAGGGACUGCUGCCACGGGAAGACUUUGAGGAGCCAGGCCUGGACAGUUAGGAGGCCAUCGUGAGGAAAACCAGAGCCUGUCCUUUUCAUAAAGACGUGGCUUUCAAUGUAGGACUUUGGGAAACUUCCUGUGGAACCUGAUGGACGUUGCUCAGCUGCACUGCCACAUGGCACAUACGGACGAUGAAGCCUACGCUCGCGGGUGAAAAGCAAUUUUCACAGUGAAAAACGUGUUUUCACUUCUACAAUAGUGCACUGUCCUUUGAAUUCUGAUAUUAUUAAUUAAUGAGAAAGAUUACAGAAUUUACUGAAAGCUCAUUGUGUUGAAUGAAGGCACCUGAGGGCAUCAGCAGGAGACAAAGGUCUGUACUUCACCGGUGCCCUGAGGUGACACUGAUGUUAGAUACAAAAGGUCACGGGUGUACACACAUAAUGAGACCAAAAUGAGCUCAAUCCUCAUUUGAUGGUUGUCUAUAAUUUGCGCUGCAGCUAUAACUAUUCCCAAUUCUUACAAUAGCUGCAUGAAAUUAGAUCACAUGCAUAAUAAUGUAACAUUAUGCUGUAAAAUUCUGCUUAAAUAAAUAACGUGUGCCACGGAGCCUGGAUUUAACUAAA